UCACCGCUAUUCGGCUAAGCAAACGCAUGUGCCUCUCUGUAGGCCCCCUCGUCGAGCCGUUGUUUUCCGGGUGCCGAAGGGGGGAAGGGGAACUGGAUUCACCGUCUAGGGUUUGCUCCACAUCGAAUCCGCAGUUCGCCACCGACGCCGGGAUGCAGAGGUACGGACUGCAGCUCCGCACGAAGCCGGCGGCUUCCUCGUCGUCGCGUCCUCCCCCGCCGGCCCGCCCCAUAGCCGCCUUCGCUGACGACGACGAUGACGACGUGGAGGCCGACAUCCUCCGCCAGUCAUCGAAGAAGCGUGCCCUCCAGAAGGUGGAGGAGUUGCAGAAGAAGGCGAUUGAGGAGGAUCCCUCGGUAUUCGCCUACGAUGAUGUGUACGAUGAUAUGAAGGAGAAGGCCGCUCGCCCCAAGAUACAGGCCAAGGUCGUUCGCCAGUCGAAGUACAUUGAAGCACUUAAAGAGAAAGCAGAACAACGUAAACGAGAACAGGAUAUAGUGUAUGAGAGGAAGCUUCAUAAAGAGAGGAGCAAGGAAGACCACCUGUUUGCUGACAAAGACAAGUUUGUAACAUCUGCCUAUAGGAAAAAACUUGAGGAGGAGCAAAAAUGGCUAGAGGAAGAAAGGCGGCGGCAGCUUCAAGAAGAAAAAGAUGAUGUAACUAAAAAGAAAGACUUGAGUGAUUUUUACUUUGGACUUGCUAAGAAUGUUGCUUUCGGUGCACGGACACAUGAUGGCACAGAACAGGUUGAACCUGAAAAGUUGGACAAUAAUGUAGAAGAUAUUCGAACUAGCAAGUCUGACGCUGAAGGAUCUGGUCGUUCUCCUAAGCGCAUGAGAGAAUCCAGUGUAGGAUCAGAGAAGGCUCAUGAAAGUAGAAGUGUGGAAGAACCUGCAACAACUGGAUCAAGGGAUUCGAUGGCUGCUACAUCUACUGAGAAAGAUGCUGAUGUUGCCCCGACUGCUUCACAGGUUCCGCAACCUGCGCCAGUCACAGAUGAGCACUACAAGAGGAGUACUGAUGCACUUGCCGCUGCCAGAGAACGAGCUCUGGCCCGAAAGAGAGCGAAAGAGCAGCAAUUAUGAAGUAUGAGGCAGAUAUACUCCUACCUUGUCAUUUUGAGUGUACACUUUAUGUUUUCUGAUAUAGUGCUUUUAAAGGCUGUUAAUUGAUACGGAGUAGCUGUUUCCGUAUUGCAGCAUCUUCAGUUCAUAUGUGUGAUGCAUUAGCUUCUGUGAUCAAAAUCUCUGUAUAUGAACGAGGAAACACAUUCAACAUCAUAAUCCUCAUUCAGCUUUGCAUAAUCGAGAGGAGAGGAGAGAUGUAAUGGUGCCCACAAUAUUUAGUGGACAUUUGUGCGGCUAUAAAAUGGGAAAUACCUUCGCACAGUGAACUGAAGGCUGCAA